AUGGCACGGCCGGUUAAGAGGCAAGCAGCAGCACAAAAACAAGAUGACAUUAAGGAGGAACACCUUUUGGCUUUCAUUCUGAAGAAGGAGUAUAAAGAUGAAAAUAAUUGCAAAGGAGAACUCAAGAAAUAUUGUGAAGAGUUGAAGAAAGCAGAUGAGAAAUUCAGUGUGAAUGAGAAAGUUAAAGAAAUUUGUGGUGCUGGUGAUGAUACAAAACGAGACGGAAAAUGCACAGGCCUGAAAGCUAAAGUUGAAAAAGAAUUGGGAACUUUUGAUACGGAACUUGAAAAUGCAUUGGUAGAUAUAAAAGAUGAAAAUUGUAAAAAACAUGAAGAAAAAUGUAUACUUUUAGAAGAGACGGGUUAUAAUAAUCUUAAAGAGAACUGUGUCAAGUUGAGGGAAGGAUGUUACGAAUUGAAGCGUAAAAGGGUGGCAGAGGAGCUCCUUUUGAGGGCGCUCGGAGGGGAUGCUAAAGAAGAUGGUAAAUGUGAACUAAAGAUGAAAGAUGUUUGCCCAGUGUUGAGCCGAGAAAGCGACGAGUUGAUGUCUUUCUGCCUUGAUCCGACUGGAACGUGUGGAGAUCUGAAAACAAAAUUGGAUACUGUUUGUGGGCCUUUAAAAGAAAAGCUUAAAGAUGGCGAAUUAAAGGAAAAAUGUCAUGAAAGACUUGAGAAAUGUCAUUUUUACGGAGAAGCGUGUGAUGGUUCAAAGUGUGAUGAGGAUAAGAAGCAGUGCGAGGGAAAAGGAUUCACAUAUAAAGCACCGGAAUCUGAUUUUAGUCCUGUCAAGCCGAGGGCAUCGUUGUUGAUAAGUAUUGGGUUGGAAGAUGUUUAUAAAAGAGCUGAAAAAGAAGGAAUUCUUAUUGGAAAAGUAGGCGUGGAUCUACCAAAAAGGUUUGGUGAAGAUUUUCUGCAAGAUUUCUUGCUACUCUUGAGCGAAGAUGAGAAGAAUGAUGAUGCAACAAGUAAAUGCACUAAAGCGUUAGAAAAAUGUGAUGCUUCUAAGCACUUGGAUACUGAUUUUAAAGAGUUAUGCGGUGAUAAUGAUAAACAAAAGAAAUGCGAAGAAUUACUAAAUGUAAAAAAAGAAAGAUGUACAAAUCUCAAAUUAAAUCUUUAUCUGAAAGAUUUGUCUACAGAAUAUAAAGAAGAUAAAGAAUCAAAAGUUUUAUUCUGGAGAGAGCUUCCAACAUUAUUUACAAAGGGAGAGUGUGCAGAACUUGAGUCGGAAUGUUUUUAUUUAAAAAAGGCGUGUAAAAAUAAUAAGAUUGAUGAAGCAUGUCAAAAUGCAAGAGCAGCGUGCUAUAAAAUGGGACAAAAUAGGAUGUUAAAUAUGCUCUUUCGAGAGGGGUUGAAGGAGAAUCCUGAUUAUUUAAGAUAUUAUAACAAUCCUGAGAAUUGCAAAAAAAUUGUGGUAGAAAACUGUAAAAAACUUGAUAAAAAAUACCUUCCAAAGUGUCUUUACCCUAAAGAACUAUGUUAUCUUCUUUCAGAUGAUAUUUUUCUUCAAUCCAAAGAGUUAGGUGUGCUUUUGGAUGAUCAUAGAGAUUUUCCAUUUGAAAAGGAUUGUCUUGAGUUGGAGGAGAAGUGUGAUGAACUUCAAACUUAUUCAUAUUUGAAUUCUAAAAAGUGUGAAACAUUGAGAAGGCGCUGUGAAUACAUUAGAGUUUCAGAGGGAUUUAGAAAAGUAUUUUUAGAAAGAAAAGAUCAUGCAUUAUAUAAUGAGCAAAAUUGUACGGAGGUGUUGCAUGAGAAAUGUGAAGCUUUAUUUAGGAAAAGGAGGAAUCCAUUUGGGUUUUCAUGUGCUUUGCCAGAAGAAACAUGUGAAUAUAUGGUAGCCCGUACAAAAGAUGAAUGUAGUAGUUUAAGAGCCAAUAUCAAGAAUGAAAAAAUCCUAGAAGAAAUUGAAAAAGCAAAUAAAAAUGAAACAGCACUUGAAGAACUCUGCACAACAUGGGGCCGACAUUGUCACCAACUUGUGAAGAAUUGUCCGGAUCAAUUGAAAGAAAAUAACAAUGAUCAAAACUGUGAAAAACUCGAUGAAAAAUGCAGGGAUACUUUUGAAAAGUUGAAAGCGAAGGAUAAGCUGAUUCAUCUGUUGAAAGGCAGUCUAAGAAAUGAUACUAUAUGUAAAAAAACAUUAGGAGAGCGUUGCGCUGAGUUGGAAAAGAAUGAUACAUUCAAAAUUCUGCUUACUAAGUGUGAAGCUAAUGCCUUGGGAACUGUUUGCGCGGAAUUAGUUAAAAAAGUAAAAGAGAGAUGUCCUACUUUAAAAACCGAACUGAAUAAAGCGAAAGAUGAGUUGAAGGGAAAGAAAGAUGAAUACGAUGAGCUCAAAAAGGCGGCAGAAAAAUCUACAAAGGAAGCUAAGUUAUUGCUAUCAAGACCUAGACAAACUGUAAUGCCAAGUGCGCAGAAUAGCAGUGGUUCUGUACCAGCACAGCCACCAGCAGCACCAGCAGCACCAGAAGCAGGAUCAUCUUCAUCACCACAAGGGCCACCUUCAUCACCAGAAUCAUCUUCUACAUCAAGUGGAACACCAGGCACAGCAGAUGGAACGACGGGCCCUGCAAAACUUGGACUCGUUAAAAGAGCAUAUGUAGAUGGAGGUGUAUCAGAAGUAGAGGUCAAAGCAUUUGAUGCAACGACGAUAGCAUUGGAAUUGUAUUUGGAAUUGAAAGAAGAAUGCAAUGCUUUACAACUAGAUUGCGGUUUUAGAGUGGAAUGUCCAGAUACUAAACAAGCUUGCGAAAAUAUAGACACUUUAUGUAAACUGGAACCAUUAGAAAUUAAGCCUCAUCAUACAGAGACGCAAAAAGAAAUCUCAACCACUACGACGACCACUACAACGACCACUACCACGACUACUACCACGACUACUACGACAACAACUACGACAACCAAACCGGGAAGUGGAGGAAAAGUAACAGAAGAGUGUACAAUGAUACAGACGACAGAUACAUGGGUGACGAGUACGUCAUUGCAUACGAGUACGACAACGAGUACGUCAACGGUGACGUCGACAGUGACGUUGACCUCGAUGCGCAAGUGCAAGCCUACCAAAUGUACCACCGAUUCAACCAAAGAGACAGACAAAGGAGGAGAAGAAGAAGAAGUGAAACCAAAUGAUGGGAUGAAAAUAAGAGUUCCUGAUAUGAUUAAAAUAAUGUUGUUGGGAGUGAUUGUUAUGGGGAUGAUGUAA